AUGGGCCUCUCUUCUUUUAUCCAAGACAACUUUGUUCCUCAUAUUCCCCGAUCUCUGGAACAAGUUCACAGAACUCAAACUUCAGAGAUUGGUGCUGUUGGCCUGUCCCCAGCUCAGGAAGACAAAAAAGGCGAAGUCAGCUCAAUCCAUUCGACCGUAAGCUACAGCUCUAGGGAUAGCUCUAAUCAUCUUCACAGAAGCUUGAGAGGUAGACAUGUUCAAUUAUUAGGCAUUGGUGCCACUAUCGGCUCAGCUUUGUUUGUGGCUAUUGGACAAGCCUUACCUUAUGGCCCACUCAAUUUGUUUCUUGGAUUCCUUGUGUGGUCCCUUCCAAUUUUAUGUAUCACUAUCACUACUGCAGAGAUGGUUACUUAUUUGCCGAUUACUUCUCCCUUUGUGCGUUUGGCUGGACGGUGCUGCGAUGAUGCGUUGGAAGUUAUGACAGCAUGGAAUUUCUGGUUUUUGUGCUGUGCGCAGAUUCCUUUUGAAGUGGUUACUGUAAACUCUAUCAUUCAUUUCUGGAGAGAUGACUACUCUGCGGGUAUCCCUUUGGCCGUGCAGGUGGUUUUAUACUUUCUCAUAAACAUUUUUGGUGUGGCUAUAUACGGAGAAGUGGAAUUCUGGUUGAGUUUGGGUAAAGUCGUCUUGGCGGUUGGCCUUAUCCUAUUCACUUUCGUCACUAUGGUUGGGGGAAAUCCAAAGCACGAUGCUUUCGGUUUCCGUUACUGGCGUGAUCCUGGUCCCAUUAGCUCUUACGAAUUCACUGGUAGUACUGGUAAUUUCAGAGGCUUUUUGGCUUGCUUGAUUAGAGCCACAUUUACUUUUGCAGGACCUGAGUAUGUUUCGCUUGUGGCAAGUGAGACCAUCAACCCUAGAAAAACGUUGCCUUCAGCUUAUAAGCAGGUAUUCAUCAGAUUGACUAUUUUCUUCAUUGGAGGUUCGCUUUGUGUUGGAAUUCUUGUUCCUUACAACGAUCCUCUUCUCUUGCAAAGUCAGGGUGUGACCAAACCUGGUGCGGGAGGGUCUCCUUACGUUAUUGCAAUGCAAAACUUGGGGAUCAGUGUGUUGCCGGAUAUUGUGAAUGUGUUGUUGAUCACGGCUGCAUUUUCUGCUGGUAAUUCGUACACCUACUGCUCUUCGAGAACUCUCUACGGUUUUGCGUUAGAUGGAUAUGCUCCAAAAUUUCUUACUGCAACAACUAAAUCGGGUAUCCCAAUGUAUUGCAUGUUGAUUUCGUUAGCGUGGUCACUCAUUUCGUUUUUGCAAUUGGGAGAGGGAGCGUCCGAGGUUUUGAACUGGAUUAUCAACUUGAUCACCUCGUGCCAAUUAAUCAACUUUAGUAUUUUGUGUUUCACUUACAUUUUCUUCUAUCGUGCAACAAAAGCACAGGGCAUUGACCGUCGGUCGUUGCCAUUUCGGGGAUGGUUCCAGCCAUAUUUGGCAAUAUUUGGCGGCAGCAUGGCUUUCAUUAUGAUAUUCGUUGGUACUUACGGGAUUUUCAUGCCAGGCGGAUGGAGUUACAAGACGUUUUUGUUUUCAUACUUGAUGAUCUUCAUUGACAUCGGUAUUUUUAUCUUCUACAAGCUUUUUAGACGGACUAAGUUCAAGAGGGCUGCAGAGGUUGAUUUAGUGACUGGUCUUAAGGAGGUUGAAGAGCACGAGGCGUGGUAUUACCAGCAGCUAGAAGCAAAGAACCAGUUAAGCGCAGACGGCGAAAUAAAGCGCACUUGGUGGCAGAGGGUCUGCGAGGUUCUCUUUGGCAGUGAGAUGCGUUAG